AUGGCUUCGAUGGAGAUUUAUCAGAGAAUCUUGAGAGAAACCAAACGGAGAAGAAAAGGAAGAAGAGAGUGGAAGGUUGAGAUCCCCAAUGAUGUCAUGGAAGAAAUCGUGAUGAUUAUGAGGUUCCAAGCUGUUUCAAAGCACUGGGAAUCCAUGAUUAAGACCAGAGAUUUUGGGGCAAGACACAUGGCUCAUCAGAGAAGCAAAGAUCCUAAACUCAUGCUUGUCUCGUAUGGUCUCUCUCAUAUCCGUUUUGAGCAAAGGGACUUCGAGACGACUUCUCUUGAAGAGAGCCUCCGUUUGAAAACUGAAAAGAUUGAGGGUGCUGCUAUGGCGAUCUCCGAAUGCUGCGAUGGCCUUGUCUGCUACUACAGAUUGACUCAAGCAGUGGAAGUGGUAAACCCGGCCACAGAAAAGUCCUUGGUCCCACUCCCCUUAGCGAAAUUUCAGCAGCUCCAUAAGGACCAUCCAGACCGGGAUAUGGAGCAGGAGAUAGAGGCGAUUACAGAUGAAGAUGAUGGUCCUGAUCUAGUUCCAUUUAUAUUCUUUACUAGGUUUGGAUUUGGGAAAGACAGCCUCACAGGACGAUAUAAGAUAGUGUGGCUCUAUAAUAUAUAUCCUGCCACCUUGAACAAGAAGAAGAAGACCAGAUGCGAGGUUUUCGAUUUAGAGGAAUGGAGGUGGAGAUUCGUGACUACCAGACCUCUCGAUCAUCACCAAAUCUUGUCUGAUCAGAGGCCAUCGUUUGCAAACGGAUCCUUAUACUGGCUCACGGGAGAUGAACAAGGAUACCCAUCAACACUAACCAAGCUCAUAGUUUUCGAUAUUCAUACAGAGAUGUUUCAAGUCACCUCAACACCACCUUUUAUUUCCCCUGACGCCUCUGGUGACAAAAUUGCUCUAUGCAAUCUUGACGGUCGUCUCUGCAUUUCUGAGCUCCAGGGAGAUUGUACGCAAGAGUUUUGGUGGAGGGUUGAAGAAUGCGACAAGUGGGAGCGAAUCUUCUCAGUUGACUUGAUUUCUACUUCCUCUUGGUUUGGUGGUAUCGCUUCACAGCCUCUCACACCUUUGGCCAUUUCCAGGGAUAACAACAAGGUCGUCCUCUCGCUUACCUAUCACGAAAACCUUGUUGACUUUGAUCUUGAUCCUGACUCAACUGUUUAUCAUUUGUAUUAUUCUGGUUACUAUGGCUUCGCUGUUCCUUAUUUUCCAAGUUUAUCACUUGUUGAUUUCUAG